GGCUAUGCAAAACUACACCGACCACUUCUUUCGCUAUCUAAAAAGUGUAGCGUUUAGUAUUGUAACGUUAUCGAGUUAAAUUCACCGGCAUUCAUAUAUGCUUUCGGUUUAUAACUUUUUUUAAACAAGAAGCCCUGCGACACGGAGACAAACUUAACGCAACAUGCAUGAAGAUUGAAACAGACUUGCAUCGUAGUUGCAGGACAAGCCGCAGCUUCUGAGCGGGGUAGAUGCAGGGAGGGAGGGAGUAAAACAGUCUUUGUGCUUCCCCUCCCCCUCAUCAAAGCAAAGGGGGAAAUGUCUCUUUCUAGAGGAGGGAAGAAGAAGAACCCAGGGCUCAAGCUCUCCAAAGAGGUCUUUGAUCAGCCCCCACCUGCAGCCGCAGCCCCCCCUCGAGAUCUGGAUUCCAAAACCUGUGUUACCAUUGGAGAAAAGAACUUUGUUAUGAAGGCAGAUGACUUGGAGCAGAUUGGGGAGCUGGGUAGAGGAGCGUAUGGCGUGGUGGACAAGAUGAGACAUGUGCCCAGUGGGCUUAUCAUGGCCGUCAAGAGGAUCCGGGCCACAGUGAACACCCUGGAGCAGAAGAGACUGCUGAUGGACCUGGACAUCUCCAUGAGGACCGUGGACUGCUUCUUCACGGUCACCUUCUACGGCGCUCUCUUCAGAGAGGGUGACGUGUGGAUCUGCAUGGAGCUGAUGGACACCUCUCUGGAUAAGUUCUACAAGCAGGUGAUAGAUAAAGGCAUGACCAUCCCUGAAGACAUCCUGGGGAAGAUCACUGUAGCGAUCGUCAAGGCUUUGGAGCAUCUGCAUAACAAACUUUCAGUGAUACACCGAGAUGUGAAACCGUCCAACGUGCUGAUCAACACACAGGGCCAGGUGAAGAUGUGUGACUUUGGCAUCAGCGGCCACCUGGUGGACUCUGUGGCCAAGACCAUGGACGCCGGCUGCAAGCCCUACAUGGCGCCGGAACGGAUAAACCCCGACCUCAACCAGAAAGGCUACAGCGUCAAGUCAGACAUCUGGAGUCUAGGAAUCACAAUGAUUGAGCUGGCCAUUCUGAAGUUCCCCUAUGACUCGUGGGGUACACCCUUCCAGCAACUGAAGCAGGUAGUGGAUGAGCCCUCUCCUCAGCUGCCCUCGGACCGCUUCUCCCCCGAGUUUGUGGACUUCAGCUCCCAGUGCUUGAGAAAGAAACCCAACGAGAGACCCGCCUACACAGAAUUAAUGAAACACCGCUUUUUCACCCUGCAUGACUCCAAAGAGACGGACGUAGCCAGCUUUGUCAAGAUCAUCCUGUCAGACUGACACGCCCCUCCACCCACUAGGGUAGGAGGUAGGGACUUCUCCACCCACCCACCAAUCCAAGGCCUUUCAGAAAGCUCACUGGAAUUGAUCUGCCACACAACUCCAACUUCCUGCCCCCCUACCUACUCCCACAGGAUUUCCCCAAAGACUGACUACAGCUCCCAGAGGCCACGUGGGAAAGCGCUUGUUAUAUGAACUCAAGAUGUUGAUGGUGUCUACCCAAACUGGAGACUCGCCCACAGGUCUAACAAACCUUUCCCUCCCUCUACUCCUACAAACUGAACUGAAUCAAACUCCUCACUGUACCAGUUUUCUGAUUUCUGAUUGGACCGUGUCUCCUCAGCAGGAAGAGAAUCUCUCUUUAUACAUACUGUAUGUCCAUCACUCUGAAUUACACAGAAAGUGAAAAAGAAUUUGGUGAAAUGUGUACGUCUCUGUAUAAUGAAUUGAAAAGAUAUAUAUUUUUCAUUUAUGCGUUUUUGUUUUUGUGAUACAGUUUGUAAUACUGUAUAUUUUCAUCAAAUAUGAAUUUAAGGGAGUGUCUUUACUCUUUCUGAAUCGUAUCAUGAGGGGAAGAGGUGACCUACAUUUCUCCUCUCGCCUUCUGGUGAUUGGUCAGUAAUGGGACGGCAGAUGCUGUCGUCAGGCAGGGUUUUGGGAGGCUCUGGAGGGGUCAGACGAAGUAAGUUUCUUUUGUAGGGGGAAGUUCAAAGGUGAAAGUGUGACUGGGGGCCCUGUACAAAAGGAAAUGCAAGUCCUACCUAGGUCUCUUUGGUGGCAUGGGAAUGCGAGGCAUCUGUUAUCAUCUGACCCUAUAUACAACCCCUCACCCAUCUGUAUACACCCCUCUGCCCCGCCCCUUGCUGACUGCUCUGUCACCAAGAGUGUUGUGAAGAGUAUGUGAACAGUGCAUUCUCAUAUAGUACAUGGACUUGUAAUUGGGGGAAUGAUAAUCUAACUAUCCAGACUAUACUGUAUCUUCCAGUCCCUCUGAGCCAUUUUUAAAAGCUGUAUUUUGAUGAUUAAUUAGGACUAUUAUCACUUGGUUUCCUGGAUGUGGUUGGGGGCUGCUGUUUGACCCAUUUUAACUUUUUUCAUUUUAUAUUUUUCUCAAUUUCCUUUUCCCGAGUGCUGGACAGGAGCAUGUCAGUAUCGUGUUUCAUCCCCGAAGCACAGAGAGGUCUACGAAGCCUCAUGCCUUACACGUACAGUAUGUUAGGGGAAAUCAUUUAUGUGUGUUGAAGAUGUAAAUACUAUUUUGGACAACUUUUUCUCUUUUUAAAUGUACCGUUGGCAACGUGGCGACAGAGUGGACGUGUAGUCGUGUGCUAUGCGGCUGAUUGAUGUGAACGGGUUGGUUUUAAUGCAGUCGGUGUGUGAGGCAAACGCAGCCCGCUGACUCCUCCUGUAAUCAUCUGUCUGUUUGAUCGAUCUGCUGCAGCCACCUCUCAGGUUUCAAUGCCCUGCUUUAAGUCCUGUUUAUUUCCCCACCAUGUUGUACCUCUCUUCAGCACUGGGUUGUGUUCAUUAGGCACCAAACGGAAGAAAACAGUGAGGAACUACCUGGACUUGGUCCGAAUAAGAAACGCUAAUGUUCGGUUCCUCGUUGCAAAAUGCUAAACGCUUCCCGUUGCAUGCCCCAAUGAACGCAACCCUUUAUGGUGGAAGACUACUUAUGUGUGAGAUCAUGCUAGGCUGUGAAUGGGUACCUGCCAUCUAGGCUUGAAUCCCAAAUCGACCCCCUAAUCCCUAGACAAUCAUCUAGGUCUGAGACCGAUUUGGAGGUCUGAGCACUAUAACAAGGUGAAGCGAUCACAUAUUGGUUAAAGUUUCCACUCCAUACUUUAUAGAAGUGCCCUAGGGAGCAGGGAGGCUCUGGGUUGAUCUGGAACUCAACCCUCUGGACUCUGCUAUGCAGUGGCCCUUUGAUCAGGACUAUGAGAAUCCUGCCAUGUGACCACCAGUGGUAGUGGUGACACAUGCCCUUAGUGUUUUUAGGGUGCGUCCAAAAGGAUGCCCUAUUUCCCUAUCUCUUCUUUCUAGGGAACCGGGUGCCAUUUCAGACGCAGCCCUGGUCUGUAACUGGUAAGCCUAUCCGGUCUUCUCUCAGCCUCUCUGACAUACAUUGUAGUGGGUUUCUUAUCAAAGUUGGUGGAUGAGGAGUAUUUAUAAUAUGUGAGUAAAGAAGGGAAAGCAAAUAAAGAGCUGCUGUGAUUUGA